CGAAACGUUAAUUCUUGUUUUUUUUCUUCAUAAAUGCUGCUAGAUUUGCUGAGCUUCUCCAGCAAUUUCUGUUUUUUUUUCCGGACCAGGAAGGUAAUCUGUUGGAAAGGGGCUCACUGUGUUUUCUUGUUGCAGGGACACAACGCACAGAAACUACUCCUGCUGCUGCUAAAUGUUGUUGCUGUUUCAGGUGACUCGCCUGUCCCAGUUUCUGGGUUCCUUGGGGAGCAGGUUGUGUUGCCCUGUACCUACAAAGGGAAUGUCUCAGUCUCUGAUUUACUAGUUGUCUGGGGGAGACAUGAGAGGGAAAUUGUACACCAGUUUGUUGAUGGGAAUGAUGAUUUGAGAGAACAAGACCCACUGUUCAGAAACAGAACAAACCUGUUCAAAGAUCAACUGGAAUUUGGCAACUGGUCAGUUCUGAUUGCUGACCUCAACAAGACAGACCCGGGGGAGUUUCAGUGUCACAUUUAUAAGAGAAUGGCUGCGGAUCUUUCAUUGGAACAGACUGAUCACGUCCAUCUCUUUGUAAGAGCGAGCUCCUACACCUGGACCGAACACACCUGUACCAGGUCCUGGAUUCUCCACUGGAGCAAAAGUUGGAUUGGGAAUUGGAAUCGCUGCCAUUUCAGUUGUCUUCUUUGCAAUUGGGGUUUACAAAGUCAGAAAACAAGACAGAUGGAAUUAUGUUAAAAACCCAUACUCCAACAAUCAAAAUGAAGCAUCGAAUGGUAUCCCUUUGACAGAGGUGACCUGUUCAGGUGAAGCACGGAGCCUUGUACCAACAGCACCUGAGCAUCAGGAUGGAGCGGCUGGAGAACAAAACCUUCUGGGGAACGGGGCUGUCCAGCACUAAGUGAGUUACCCCAGGCAUUGAGCCUGGCUCAGGGAGGGGGAAAUCAGCCCAGUAUUGUGGUGAUCGAGUGAUUGCUGGUGCAAAGUCUGAGCUCAGGAUUGGGAUCAACAGUCAAUUCCCACCUUGCACAAACCCUUCUGAGCAGCACCAUCUCAGGAUGGAACAUCCCAGUGGAAGUGUUAUCUUCGAUUCUGUGCACUAUAUCAGUGUUCCUGUUAUAUACCUUGUGCAAAGCCAGGUUCUGUAUUACCUGAACUCUAACUGAAACACUAAUGCUGUUACAUAUUUUUCUCAGGUAAUUUCCUCAUUUACGACUUAAUUUCUAAUUUACUAACUUCUUCGUGUGGGUGAUGCUGCCAGGACCCCAUUUGUAUUCCAUUUUGACUUGCGCCAUUGCAGUCCUUGUAGUGAUGGUGCUCCCACAGUGGGCUUCAGAAACUUUCUCUGCAGCAUCAUCUACUGGGCAAAGCCAGGAACUACAGCAUUGCCAGCAACUGUUUCAUAUCAGGAUUCAGAUUCUGGAUGUUUACACGUUGAAAAUGCCUCUUGCCAACAAUUGUACAGAUUAUAUGUCCUGUAAAUGUGACUGUUAAUUUUCUACAUAAAUAUUUUGUUUCCAAUCCUAUUUUGAUAUAUUUUGUUUAUGAAUAAAAUAUUUAAAAAUAUUUUA